AAGAAGUGCAUGUUUUAUGUUUAUUUUUCUUGAUGAUGGUGAUACUAAUUUUAUUGUAUUUUUAAAUUGUGGCUGCAGAAGUUAGAUUCUGUCGUAAUUUUCCAUCAAUGAAGGAUUAUAUAUAGAUAGAAAUAGGUUGAAAAUGCAAAGUGCUGCAGACUUAUUAUCUUCAUUGUUAUGGUUUAAAGAGGAUUCUUGCACAGAAGAUGAAAAUGAUUCACAGAAUAAUAUAAUUGAACAAUUUGUGCAGAAUGUUGAGGAUUUUAGUUCACAGUAUGGAAGUGAAAUAAGUGUGUCGUAUACUGCAUUUAAUUUGCGUGGUCCGCCUUCAAAUUUUCCAGAUUAUGGAGAUUAUCCUCAGGCCUUUGUUAUGAGAACCUAUGGUACUUGGUGGGAUGAAGCCCCUUCAGUCCAAAAAGAAUACAUGCCCCAAAACAGCAGUGCUAUUCCAAGUCAGGAUUUCGUUGAGGUGUCAUUUGAGAGAGCAGUCUACCCAUUAGAAGUGGCAGUGUUUGAGACAUACAACCCUGGAGCUUUGAUCAGGAUAUGGGCGUUGGGACCUACAUCAUGGAUCUUACUAUGGGAGGGAGAGCCGGAAUAUGCUGGUGACACCCCAAGGAUAUUUAAUCCAACAAUCAGGCAGAUAAACUUUCCUACCAGGAUAUUAAGGUUAGAAUUCAACCACAGACUACUGCCAUACUACACAGAACUAGAUGCAGUCCUGUUAAAGGGAAGAGUACCAGCAAAUUUGGGCAACAUGAAGAACACCUUUGCAUAUUCCACCUUAUUUUACAAGAAGAAACCGCAGCCGGUUUUGGAAAAAGGGAUGCUGCUCAACAAAGUGUUAGCUUCAAAUCUGCAUGAGAAAAUUGGUAACCCUGCCAUACUGAUGCAGACAGAUAACCUCGACACGGGACCUCCGCUAGGCGAUUUCCAGCGAUUACCGGAUGAAACAAUACUAACGGUGAUGAAAUUCCUAGACAUGCAGUCCCUGUGUCGCUGCGCGCAAGUCAACCGGCACUUCAGAAGACUGGCCUCAGACGCUAUUCUCUACAGGAGUAUAGACCUUAGGCCGUAUUGGUACUGCGUGCGGUCUCAGGUGUUAGUAACAUUGUCGAUGCGAUGCAAAUACCUACAAAAAUUGGACCUGUCGUGGUGCGGAAGCCAUUGCAUGAUUCAACCCCACUAUGUUGUCAAUUUCCUAAAGAAUAGCGGCGCUGAAUUAACACACUUACGUAUGAAUUGCUGCAAGUUCGUGGACAAUUCCGUGCUAAGAGCCAUAGUUGACACCUCGGCCAAUUUACAAGAACUAUGCCUUCGUUCCGUAGUAUCCUGUUCCGAGUGGUCCUGCAUCGCCGCCCUUACGAAGCUAAAACGGCUGGACCUGUAUAGAACCCAUAUAACGACAUCUGCUGCCGUUUCCAUCAUCUGGUCCAAUCCUGGACUACAGCACCUUAAUGUUGGCUCCUGCAAAAUGAUCUCAGCAAUGGAUGAAGUAGCGUUAGCCCUGGGCGCCAACUGUCCAGAUUUGAUGUCAGUGGACUUUUGGAAGUCCUACUCCUUAACCGCAGUGGGCAUACGAGCUCUGGGCAACUGCAGGAACCUUCAGGAGUUGGAUGUUGGAUGGUGCUUGCAAGCGGGCGGUUCGGGCGAAUGGUUGGCAUCGUUGUCAGGUGGUGAAAUUCGCAAGCUGUUUUUGGGCGCCUUACGCGGUGUAUGCGACAGGGACUUGCGGGUUUUGUUGCCGAAGAUACCUAAAUUGGCGCAACUCGACCUGCUCGGAGUGAGGGCUGUGACACCUGAUAUAUGCUCAGAUAUACUGGCAGAAUGUCGCGAGCUUAGGCUUUUGGACGUCAGUUUCUGCGACCAGAUCACAGAAUCUCAGGUACUGGAAUGGCGAAAACAAUACCCACACGUUAGUAUAAAGAGGUCCUUCCAAGCCGCCAACCUGAGCGCCGCUCCGUACGCGUUGUUCCUAGCGCCGAGUUUUGACUAAAAUAGCCGACUUUUAAUUUUUACGAUUACUACCUACACUUCAAGAAAAGGUGUCGAAGAUUUUGGCCUACCUAACAGUCCGCCACUUUAUUUUUUCCCCAAUUAUUAAAAAAAAGAAAACGGCGGCCAUGAAGGUAGCCCAGACUCCAUACAAAAAUAUUCAGUAUACGUUUCCUUGGAAGUGUAGGUAAAACCCCUAUCAUAAAAUGGUGGGGUGCAAAAGGUGAGAUUGCACUCAAGGGCUAAUGGAAUAAAAACAAUGAAAUUACUAGAUUGUGUGUCAAAUUUUUGUUACAAAAUUUUAAUUUUACUAUUACUACUAAAAGAAAGAUAAAAAUGACGCUUUUGAAAUGAAUUUAAAUCCGUAUUCCAAAAAUAACCAAUUGGUAAAAUACAAUUAAAUGAUAUUAUUAUUGAAAUUAUUUAAAAAAACUUAAAAAAUCGGCAUUCCUAUUAGAAACCCCUAUAUUUAUUGUGAUUUGUGAAACUAAACUUAUCUAUAAAAUAUGUAGAUAGUAGGAACACAUAUUAUCUAAGAAGACUGAAAAAAUAUGACUUGUGAAAUGUAUUACUCGAAUUUUUGUCUUAUCAAACUGCCUGACUUAUUUCAGGCCUUUUAGGUUUAAUGUCUUGUGGAAUAUAUUAUACUACGCGCAAAACAAGUAGUCCAAUCUGAAUAUGAGGUGUAUGACUGCACAUUGUACAAAAACUCAGGCAGGCUUGUGUAUUUAAUCCUUCGGGCACUAUCUCACUAGGACACCAGACACCAGUGCAGUGGUGGCGCAACCAUUCGCGCUCGCAUCUCAAACUCGAGCAUUUAUUCAAAAUGGGUACCAUUGUCAUUUGAUUGCCAAUCGUUAAAGUAAGAUAAUGGUGAUAAUUAAUUACGGAAACGUAAAACUAAGAGGGUUCCAAACGCACCCUGGUCUGAAAAGAAGCCUCCAACAAACUCGACCGGUUAUUCUUUUUAGUACUACCAUUUUACACUUAUUGGAACUAUCAAAGCUGUUAAGGCAACUCAUUCCCAAGCUUUCUUAUCAGUAAAAUAAUAAUCCUUUACAUUAUAACGAAAUGUAUACAGCUCUAUGAUAGGUCCUCCCUGGUGUCCGCUUGGUUGAGCAACCAAUUUUGUGGUGGCGGGUCGGGAUCCAUCGACUGGGGGUGCAACCCUAAUAUGUACAGAGCUAUUUGGCGUCUCACUCACUCAACCCGUCCAACUGUCAUUGUCAAAUAUCCUCCGACGUCCAUUUUGACACUGAUGAUCCUGGUGUCUGCUCUGGUGUUUCACAGUUGGUAGCUCAGACACCAUGGUGACGCGACCAGUGGCGCCACCAUGGUGUUCUAGUACGAUAUUAGCCUUUGUCUGAUCUGCCUGUUGAAACUUUAGAUUGAACUACUACUAUAUCACUAUAUUAAGGGCACUGGUAGAUGUGUAGCACGCUUCAUGAAAUAGCAUUUACAUGUCAAUCAAUUUGUUAGCUUAGGUCUAUUUGUCAAUCUUAGGGUAUCUGCCAACUGAAGCGGAGCGGAGUGGAGAUAUGUUCAGCGUACCAAUCUGAUUAUUAUCAAUAAUAAUUCACGUGAUAUUUUUAUUGUACUAACUGUUUUAAUAUUGAUUGUUCUAUUUGAUCACAUCUCCUCUGUUUCAGUAGAUAGGUACCCUAAGGCUAGUUUUUUUUUUCACGCUGAUCGUCAGCGCUGGUAAGAAGUUUGUAGUUAGUGCCCAACUGUUAGGUUAGGCACUGAGAUCUGUUAAAACGAGACAGCGUUAUACGGCUGGCAUAAAUCUGUCUCGUUUUAACUGAAACUUAAGUCUAAGCGAAGGCAAAGUGCGCUCUAUAGAUUUCAACCUUAGUGUUAUUCAGCAACGCUUCGUACUGAAUACGUAUUGGCCUGCCUACUGAUUCGCUAACAAAAUGUCCAACACUGAAUGAUAGCCACCUAGUUCAUUUUACAUCUAUUUUUAAUUCAUUGAAGGUUUUCUACGAAAAAUAAUUUUAAUAUCACUCAGUGAAACACCAUUGUAGAAUCAACCAAUGUCAAAUGAGCUCGGUGGCUAUUAUUCAGUGUUAGACACUGAGUUAGCGAAUCACCCCGCCGUGCCGGUCAGCGUGAGAAGUAAACUAGCCUUAUUAUCGUAUGCAUGUACUAAAUAUAAGCUCUAUCCGUAGAUUUUACUGAAGUGAAACUUCUAUAGGCUCCACUUGAAAAUAACUCAGAUCUUUUCGGAAGGAAGCAACAUCCAAACGUAAUUUCCGCUGAAAACGGCAGCCAAACAGAAUAGCUAUGUUGAGGCCGCCAUCUUUUAUAGAUGUAUUUUUAGAUGCCUAGUUUAUAAAUAUAAAUAGUUAGUGCCAUAGAUUAAAAGCUCUAUUUUUUAAUUGAUGAUAUGAUAAAAACCUAUUGCCGUCUCUAAUUAAAAGUUACAUGCAUAGUUUUUCGCAUGUAUCUACUGACGCUGUUUUCCGCUUACCGAACUUAAAACUGAGUCCCAAGCGAUUUGAUAUAGCAAGCGGAUGGGUGCUGUGAAGACUACACUUCUAGCUGUUCAUAACAACUCAGCAAGCGAUCGUCGCGUGCCCGUUUCGUUCCAUAGAGCGCCAUACAUUUUGUCUUCACCAUGAAUAUACAAGGUGUAACCAAGACGCCAGCAAAACCUUAGAGUUAUUAUUAUAUUACCUAAACGCAAUCCUAUGCCAAUAACCAUUGCCUUAUCGUGUAGUUUAGUGGUUCAUUAUUAUUUUUCAAACCCGCAAUGUAAAGCGUGCAAUACUCGCGUCAACGCCCCACCUACGACGCGGCAUUGACUCGGACUUCCGAGUGACCUAUUUACGUAACGUUCAUUGACUUCUAGCGUCAGUCAGAUGUUUUAUUUGCAAUUUAUUGUGAACUUCAAAAAAUGCAGGAUUUAAAAAAAAAGUACCUUAUCAGUAGGUAAUCAUCAGUACUAUCACCUGCCUUGGUUUUUGCUAGCGUUCUGGUUACACCUCGUAUGAUAAAGGUGGAAAGAGCACUUCAGAUACCGACAUAUCGCUAUCCCACUUCUUCUUACUAAUUAGAGCGAGAGGUUGGUUGGUCACUGGGACCACUGGUGUCCGUCCUCUGGCUCUAAUUUAUUAGUCGAAGUGGGAUAGCGAUAAGUAGGUAUUUGCUUCAAGUAGGUAUCAAGAAAGUAGAAAAUUUUUGUUUAUUUUUUAUUUUAUUUAUUUUCUCAUUCGUAUUUAAAACAUUGGAUGUUAUUACUUAUUGUAACUUGUGCAAUAAUAGCUAAAAAUAUAAUAUAUUUUGUGGUUAUCUUUUAUGUACUUACUUUUUACUGUUUUAUAUUGAAUAGGGAUGAUAAGAGAAUCGUUUAUUAUUUGAUCUUUCUUUGACUUUCCAACAAUGAAAUAAUACAAUCAUUCGAUUGUGCCAUGCCGGCCGAAGUUGGAACGAAAAGUAACGAUAAAUAUCAGAAAAUAAAGACAACUUCAGGACAUCAUCGAUUCUUCGUUAGUUCUUCUAAAAAUUCUAGUUAGUAUAGUAUCUACUUCUAAAAGUUCUAAAAAUAUUAUAGUAAUAAAAAUAAGUCAAUUUUGUAAGUGUUCAGAAUACUAUUAUUGUUGAUUUUAAAGGCUGCUUGAUGUCAAUUUUUAUCAUAAUAUUAGCUAUAGUAAUAAGGGAUUAUUUUACUUUAUAAUAGAUAUGCAUUUGAUAUGUUCAUUUUUCAGUCCAUAAUGUAAUUCAUAUACCUACCUACAUAAAUUCAUAUAACUAUACAUAUUCAUAUCUAUUGUAAUUGAAGGCUAUUUUCUGAAAUAAAUGUUUACCAAAAAUA